AUUCUCUUAUGAAUUAGCAGAGGCAUCGAAUGCACGCACAAAUUACCCUACUUUGAGAUUUGGUUAACGUAACCAAAUCGAUACCCGAAAGAUCUUUUCCUUUCGAGGAUUUCUUUAUUCCACUCCUUCCCAAAGUCAAACAUGCAACUGAAUUUGGGACCAAGUUGAUGUUUUUGCAUUCUUGAUCCAGCGUCAAUUUUCAAAUUCUCGUUCAAUUGGGUGUCUCUCUUUGUUCAAGAAUGAAGAACCAAGAGCAAGCACGGUCUUUGUUCGGGAUUUCGUUAUCGGAUAAACCCAAGUGGAAACAAUUUCUCAUUUGCUCUUCUGGGUUCUUCUUCGGUUACCUCGUGAACGGGAUUUGUGAGGAAUAUGUCUACAACAGGCUCCAAUUCAGCUAUGGGUGGUACUUCACAUUUGUUCAAGGAUUUGUCUAUCUUUUUCUGAUUUACCUUCAAGGCUUCACCCCAAAGCAAAUGGCGAACCCAUGGAAGACUUAUGUCAAGCUCUCUGCAGUCCUCAUGGGUUCCCAUGGCCUCACCAAAGGCUCUCUGGCUUUUCUCAAUUACCCAGCUCAGCUCAUGUUCAAAUCCACCAAGGUCCUGCCCGUGAUGGUAAUGGGUGCUUUCAUUCCUGGAUUGAGAAGGAAAUACCCAGCUUAUGAAUACGUGUCUGCAGUGCUUUUAGUUGUGGGUUUGAUCCUCUUCACCUUAGCAGACGCCCAGACAUCCCCUAACUUCAGCGUCAUCGGCGUUCUGAUGGUCACCGGAGCUCUGGUCAUGGAUUCCUUUCUGGGUAACUUGCAAGAAGCCAUCUUUACCAUGAAUCCCGAAACAACACAGAUGGAAAUGCUGUUCUGCUCGACCGUUGUGGGUUUACCUUACUUGAUCCCACCCAUGCUUUUAACAGGAGAGUUGUUCAAAGCAUGGAGUUCAUGUUCUCAGCAUUUAUACGUCUACGGUGUUUUAGUCUUCGAAGCCAUGGCUACCUUUGUCGGCCAAGUCUCAGUCCUCUCCCUAAUUGCCAUUUUCGGCGCUGCCACCACUGCCAUGGUAACAACGGCAAGGAAAGCGGUGACAUUACUGUUAUCCUACUUGAUAUUUACUAAGACGUUGACGGAGCAGCAUGGAACAGGGCUUCUGUUGAUUGCCAUGGGGAUCACGUUGAAGCUUUUACCGGCGGACAACACCAAACCCUACAAAAGGAUCCCCACUUUACUUGCAUCCAAUAAGGAGAAAACUGAAACCCCUUGUUCAAUUCAUGAGGAGCAGAGGAUUCGAACGGAAAUUGAAGUUGAAAAUGAACAGAAGAAGCCUUUCGUUUAGAUGUUAGUCAUUUGUAUGUAUUAGAGUAGGGAUCCACUCAAUAUAGGUUUAAGAAACUUUUAUACUCAUUUUUAGCCUCAAUUUAAAUGUUACUUGUAUAAAAAAAAAGAUAAUAAAUGUUGCAUUAAAUA